GUAACGGACUACUUUGAUCUGCGUGCAGUGCUUCGUUGGGCUGAAGUCUUUCCGGAUCUUCACUGCAGUGGCUCGAGUCUCUCGGUUCGUGGGUGUCCGCUUGCCCAAGCAGACCAUACGCCUGCUGGAAAAUCUCAUUAUUAGAUGCUCCCUGUGGCUGCGAUUGCUCGCUGCUUGACCCUCACCCCAACACAUCACGUUUAGUGAAGACUACCGUGAACGUGAUUCAAGAUGCCAUCCGCUUGGGAAAGCAAAGUUUUCAAGGGACUUACCUCCACAAUGAUCAGCACGUUCACAGCGGAUGAUUUACGAAGGGAGUGUGCGUCGCAAAGCCUGAUCACUCAGAGCCAAAAGACGAAGUUCGCAGCUCUCAUAGGUCCGGCUUUGCAAAACGAGGCCCUGUUGGACGCCGUACAAUCGGGAGACGACAGAUCGUUCCAUCUAUUCUUGGAGUGCGUUCGCAAAGUUGGGCCCGAGGCCAACGUAAGAGCGAUCCUGGAGAAACUGGACCAGAUUGACAAGUAUCGAGCAGCAGCGGAAUCUGCCACUCCCGUGUCCAAAACAACAGAUCCUAGCAAACAAGAUCAGGCAACAGGGGAAACGGUAGCAGAGGACCCGUUUCGGUCCUCAGCGUUCUGUCGGUCUAUUCAGCCAUGGCUCUGCACUUUGCCAGCAAGGGACUUCCGGACAGCUGCACAGACUACUGAGCUGCUAAACAUCGACCAGGUCUACCGUCUUGAAAGCAUUGAAACCAAAGAUGAUGACCACGCACACAAUUCCAUGCUGCUGAAGAUGAUCAAGUCUGAGCUGAUGGGAGGUUUCAUCAAGCUGUACAAAGCUGUUAAGAAAAUUUCCAAAGCGGACGACAUGCUACAGCGGAUGGAGGAUUUGAUUCCUCACGAGCUCCGAUAGAUUUAGCCCCCAGUACUUAGUCUGAUGGCGAGCACAUCUGUAUCUUUAUGAUUCGUAUACACUAUUUUAGUAUUUUUUGUGUGCAUGGACAUACUGCGAUGUAGCAGUUUUCUCUCUCUCUCUCCGUCUCUCUCUCUCUCUCUCUCUCUCUCUCUCUCUCUCUCUCUCUCUCUCUCUCUCCCCAUCCCUCUCUCCUUCUGCAUAUGUUUGAAGAGAAGAGAUGUGAUCAGCAUAA